GUCAUGUCAUUUGUCAAUUUGUGAAUGUGAAGUUGCUUUCGAUUUUUGCCGACUGUUUAGUUUGUUCAAAAUGAAUUUAUUAAGUUUUUCCUCGCUCAUUACCUUAGUAUUAAUUUUAGAUUUUAGUUCAGCUUUAUAUUUUCACAUAGCGGAGGGUGAGAGGAAAUGUUUCAUCGAAGAAAUCCCAGAUGACACAACCGUGAUCGUGAACUACAAAGUGGAGCUUUUCGACCCUCGUUCAGGCGGAUUCAUGCCAUCGUCGCCUGGUAUUGGAAUGCAUGUGGAAGUACGUGAUCCCAAUGAUCGUGUGGUACUUUCCCGUGUAUAUUCUUCAGAGGGUAUGAUCUCGUUCACUUCAACGACUCCUGGUGAACAUGUACUGUGCAUGUACUCGAAUAGUACAUCUUGGUUUAGUGGAUCUCAGUUGAGAGUACACUUAGACAUCCAAGUCGGAGAGCAUGCUGUGGACUAUGCAAAUGUGGCACAGAAAGAUAAACUUAGUGAGUUGCAGCUAAGGAUCAGACAGUUGCUGGAUCAAGUUCACCAAAUCACUAAGGAACAAAGCUAUCAGAGGCACCGCGAGGAGAGAUUCAGACAGACGUCCGAGAGCACAAAUUCAAGAGUUCUGUGGUGGAGUUUACUGCAGACUGGUGUUCUAGUGUGUAUCGGGUACUGGCAGAUGAGACAUCUGAAGAGUUUCUUUGAGGCUAAGAAAUUAGUGUAAAUUAUACUGCACCAACUUGGAGUGUAGACAUGCUAACUUUCUCCGUAGACUUAACAGAUAACAUUUAGAUAUCUCAAACUAUGGAACAACAAGUAAAACAAGUGUAGUGAUAUGAGAUAUAUAAAUAAGUGGGAUUUUUGUAACUCAUACCAAAAACAAAAAUCGAAUUAAUAUAAGGGGGUAUAUGUUGCAAGAAUGGAUAACAAAACAUCCAAAAUUCAUAUUGAUGUUUUUUUUUUUUUAAUAUGACCCUAAAACUGUUUAAUUUUACCAUAGUAAGCAUGUUUAUACUCUUAGCUGAAUCUAAUAUUAUAGUCAAACAAAUUUUCUAUUUAUACUGGAAACAUAUUUGAAUUCUUUACCCAAAAUUGUAAGCUUAAAACAAUUUUUUAAUUAAACAUAAUAUUAUAAUUUUGUUGUAAUUUACAUUUUCCAAUAAAAAUUUUAAAACAGU